AUGGCUCCCAGAAUGCCGUUGCAGGCGUUCCUCGCCGCCGCCCGCAACGCCCUGACCGCGCCGCCCGCCCAGCGCCAGAAGCCCCUGACCUUUGUCGUGGGUAACGAGUCUGCAGACCUCGACUCGCUCUGCUCCGCCAUCGUCUACGCCUUCCUCCGCACCCACGCGCCCCCGCACACGCUGCACAUCCCGCUGGCCAACCUCCCCCGCGCGGAUCUCGCCCUGCGGCCCGAGAUGACGGCCGUGCUGCAGCACGCCGGCCUGCGCCCGGCGGACCUGCUCACCCUGUCGGACCUGCCGGACCUCGAGCCCCACGAGACCAGCUGGCUGCUCGUCGACCACAACGCGCUCACGGGGCCCCUGGGCAGGUACGCCGGCCGCGUCGCCGGCUGCGUGGACCACCACGUCGACGAGGGCGCCCUGCCCGCCGGCGCGGCCCCGCGCGUCAUCGAGCCGUGCGGCAGCUGCAUGAGCCUCGUCGUCAGCGAGUGCCGGCAGACGUGGGCGGAUGUCUUCCCGCGCGACGACGACGAUGCCGAUGCCGACGCCGACGCCGACGCCGACGCCGACGCCGAUGCCCCUGGCCAGCAGGACGGCCUCGCCAAGCUGGGCCUCGCGCCCGUCCUCGCCGACACCACAAACCUCACCAGCCGGGACAAGGUCCGGCCCAAGGACCGCCAGGCCGCGGCGUUUCUGUGCGCGCGUAUCCGCCAGCCGGGCUUCGACCCCGCCGCCUUCUACGCCUGCAUCAACGCCGUCAAGGAGGACCUGUCCGGCCUGUGCUGCCGCGACAUCCUCCGCAAGGACUACAAGGAGUGGCGCGAGGGCGACUGCCUGCUCGGCGUGAGCUGCGCCGUCCAAGGCCUCGACUACCUGCUCGGCAAGGCCCGCUCUGCCGCCGCCUUUCUGCACCACCUGUCUUGCUGGGCCGAGGAGAGGCGGCUGGACGUGGCGGCCGUCAUGACGACUUCGAAUCCGGGGGGGGAGUUCCAGAGGCAGCUUCUGGUCUGGGGCGUGACCGACGCGGGCCGGGAGGCGGUGCGGACGUUCAAGGCCACGGCUGCGCAUCAGCUGCAGCUGAGGACGUGGCAGGACGGCGUGCUGGACCAUGGGGACGCGCGGUUUGCCUGGCGCCAGUACGAGCUGGCUGCCUCGCGGAAGCAGGUCGCCCCGUUGCUCAGGGAGGCGUUGAAGUCGUGCUGCUGA